AACUCUCCACCAUUCCCUUCCUCCUCUAGUUCGCACAUAGCCUAUCUUCACUCUGUACGUCUUCAAGUAUCUCUCUCUCUCUACCGUCUCAUCUCUUGAUACAGAUCCAUUUUUGUUCUUGCUGAAAAUGACGGACACAACAGAUGAUAUAGCAGAGGAAAUCUCCUUUCAAGGCUUUGAUGAUUACUGUAAACUGCUUAAGAAUUUAUUAAACGAUGUGUUGCAGAGAGAAGUUGGUACUGAUUUCGUCGAGAAACUUGAACGCAAUCGCACUCUCGCUCAGAGUGCUUGUAAUUUGAGAUUGGCGGGGAUAGAAGACACCGCUGAGUUGCUGGAGAAGCAGCUGGCAUCAGAGAUAUCAAAGAUGACUUUAGAGGAAGCAUUGACACUUGCUCGUGCUUUCAGCCAUUAUCUUAAUUUGAUGGGAAUUGCUGAGACCCAUCACAGGGUACGUAAGACACGGGAUUUGGCGCAUCUAUCAAAAUCUUGUGAUGUAGUCUUUAAUCAGCUGUUGCAGGGUGGAACAUCAGCUGACGAACUUUAUGACUCUGUUUGCAAGCAGGAGGUUGAAAUCGUUCUUACUGCACAUCCUACUCAAAUUAAUCGUCGUACCUUGCAAUAUAAGCACGUUAGAAUUGCUCAUCUUUUAGAUUACAAUGAUCGACCUGAUCUUACACAGGAAGAUAGAGAAAUGCUUAUCGAAGAUCUGGUAAGAGAGAUUACUUCAAUAUGGCAGACAGAUGAGCUUAGGCGCCACAAACCUACGCCAGCAGAUGAAGCCAGGUCUGGCUUGCACAUUGUGGAGCAGUCUCUAUGGAAAGCAGUACCUCAUUAUUUACGUCGUGUCAGCACUGCGCUGAAGAAGCAUACAGGAAAGCCACUUCCAUUAACCUGCACGCCAAUAAAAUUUGGGUCUUGGAUGGGGGGUGAUAGAGAUGGAAAUCCAAAUGUAACAGCGAAGGUCACACGAGAUGUCUCUCUUUUAUCAAGGUGGAUGGCUAUUGACCUGUACAUUAGAGAAGUUGAUAGUCUCAGAUUUGAACUAUCCAUGUCUCGCUGCAGUGAUAAGUUGUCAAGAGAUUUUUGUCGUAAAAUAAUCAAACACCUAUAA